ACUAACGUUUUAAGAAGAAACGGUGUCACCUGAAAGUGCACGCAGUGUCCAUACCUCAGCCGCGUCAGUUGGGCAGCUUCAAGGGUUUAUGCGUUCCCCUUUUUCUUCAACCUUGCUCAAGAAAACCCUAAAAGAUCGACUUCAGUUUGGACUGCUUUUUCUGUCAUGAAGCUCGUCCGUGCGCUCUUAGGGAAUCCUCGUGCGGUGGUUCGUGGACUGGGGCGUCGGAAUUUCUGUGCGCCGUCGGAGGAAUACUUGAAGCGGAAUUAUGCCAACAAUGAGGCUGAAUACAACACUGUCAUCGGCUCUAUCACUUCUCAGCGAAGGCAUUAUUUGUUGAGGGAUGUGUAUGAUGAUAUGAUGCUGGAUGGAGUGAAGCCAGAGAGGGACACAUUUCACUCACUCAUUGUGGGGACAAUGAAAGGUGCUCGAAUGCAAGAUGCUUUCUUUUUCCGCGACGAAAUGCAAUCUAUGGGUCUAGUUCCUGAUGUUGCGUUAUACAACUACUUGAUGUCUACAUGUGGAAAGUGCAAGAAUUCUGAUCAGGCGAUUAGGCUUCUAGAAGAAAUGAAGAGAUUUCAAGUGAAACCUACUGGGCAAACCUACUUAUGUCUACUUCAUGCAUGUGCAGCAUCUGGCAGAUUAGAUCGAGUGUAUGCUAUAGUCCGGGAUCUGACUGCUGCUGGCCUUGGUUUGAACAAAUUUAGUUAUGCUGGACUUAUAAUCGCUCACAAGAAUAAGGCAGCCCUCUCUGACGAUACAACUUCCAAAAUUAUUGAGCUUGUUGAGCAGUCUAAAGGAUGGUCCUCGGUUGAUCAAACAAAAGACAACGCUGAAAAUGUUAUGAUGGGUAUUUCUGAAGAAGAAUUGUACAAUCUCCCUACUGCAGAAUAUAUUCAUCGGCGUGGUGGAUUUAUAGCCAAACAUUUGACUGUAUACCAUGUUGCAUUUCAUGCUUGUGCUGACCUUGGGGAUGUCCAGGCAAUUGAAAGACUUCUGGAGAUGCUCGAGAAGGAUGGAAAAACACCAGAUGUUUUCAUUUUAUUGCAAGUUAUGAGGUGCUACCUUCAUGCUGGUGACAUAGAACGUGGUGUAAAAGUUUUUGAAGACUACAUGAAUUCAAACAGACCCGCUAUGGUAGAACUCUAUGUGACACUUGCUGAAGGAGCGAUGGUUGGAUAUACACCCAGGGGAAUGCAACUUGCUCAGGAGACACUGAUUAAUAUGAAUUCUAGGGGCUUCUUCCUGAGUCCUAAGAUGGGAAAUGAUCUCCUUCUUGUUGCCUCUGGCGAAAAGACCGGCGGAUAUACCACUGCUAACUUAAUAUGGGAUAUGAUGCAAGCUCGUAAAAUGACCCCAUCACUCCCAGCUGUGGAAGCAUAUCACAAUGGUUUGAAAGAAAGAGAGAUACCAGAGGAUGAUCCGCGAUUGAUGUUAGUUUCCAGAACUCUCAACAAUCUUCGAUUAAGAGUUGGAACUGGAGGCGGAAGAUAGAAUAAAUAUGAAAAAAAGAUUUUGGAUUAGAGCUUGUCUGAAAUUGGUCAUUGUUCUAACAAUAUAUUUAUUAUUGUCUUUUGUUUCACAUUUUUCCCGUAGUUGUAUUUCUAGAUCAAGUGCUUCACUGUUAUUUACGUGGAGGAACACUAACGUGAUGUUGCAUAUCGGUAAUUCUA